GCGGUAAUUACCAAAGUAGUGGCUGGCUGCGAAACAGGGUGUCUGCUCUGGAAGCACAAGUGGCAGAAAUGAAGGCUCGGCACGAUGCUGAGAUUGCACGGGAGAAGGAGAAGAAGGAUGAAGAGGAGAAGAUGAAGAAACAACGGGAAGAUGAUGAGAAGCGAUUGAGAGAAAAGAAAGAUAGGGAGGAAUUUCACAUGGCAAUUAGCGAGACAAUGACGAGUAAAUUAGAUCUAAUGUGCGAAAUUUUGCUUGGAAAGAAAGGGAGGGAGGCGGAUGAAGGUGUGACGAAGCUUCGGGUGGAGAUUGGGGAGCUGAAUAAACGCAUACAGGAGCACGCCGGUACAUCGAGCUCAACGAGAGCUACGUUAGAAAUGGACACGAUGAAACGGUUACGAAGAGAGCAAGAGGAGAGACUGAAGAUGGAAAGACGAUUGGCUGCGCUUGAGAUGGAGACGGUGGAUUUGCGGAAGUCGAAAGAUGAUGCACAGGCGCAGGAUGAGUUGUGGAAGGAAGAAGCUCUGAGGCCGGGCAGCAAGCGUACAUGUCGAGGGCUGGCAGCUACACCUAGCCCCUGUCGUCGUGGGACUCCGGUGAAAGCACCACAAGCAACCGUGAUCAGAGAUGAGUAUCUGAAAGAGGUGGUUGAGCGGCAUGCGAUGGAGUUGGCAGCGCUGCGAUAAGCAAGGGCAAAGGAGCUAAAUGGGCGAAGAGAAGCUGAACAAGAGUUGGAAAAAAUGAAGGAGUCGUUGGCUC